CAGGCACCUGGAGUAGUUAGCUCUUAAGGCUAUGCCCGAAUUUAUGAGGGUUAUUAUUACAGGCUCCCUCCUUCGAAAUAGGAAGUUCGUUUAUGCGUAGCUUUUUAAAGCUUUUCAUUGGGGUAUCUUUUAAAUAUGAAUAGAUUUUACCAAGUUUCUACUUCCAUCUUCUUCUCAAAUUAUGUAUCUUUUUGCUUCCGAGUCCUCUUUUUAGGUGUUGAGCCGUGGGUGAGGGUACUGAGGGUGCUGAGGAUAUUGAGGAUAUUGUUUUCGAGCGUCUCGAAAAUGUUAAGGGUUCUGAGCCUACCGGUGCCUGAUUAAGGUAGGUACAAUACAAUACCUAUUACAACAAGCAUCAGGAUUAGGUGGGUAAGGACCCCGCUAGAGCUCCUGCAUGGUAAGCUCCAAUCGACACAAGGGAGUGCCCCACUAUCAGAAGUCUAAAUCUAAAAUCAUUUUGGUGCUGGACACAAUUUAUUAUAAUCAUGUCUUACUCUCCCUUGUUUUGUUGAUACCGUAGAAGUUGCUGGUAUUAAAGUAUUUCAAUAUGCCUGGAACAACAGUUGAUCCAAUUGAUAUUGAAGUAGCCGAAAGAGCCAGGAACGGAACUGACAGUCUUCGACCACGAACCCCUUCGCCGUCAGGUCUGUCUCUUACAGAAUACAGUGCAAACCCCUCGCCGCCAUCGGAGCGUAGACAAAAAGAUGUCAUUCCUCAGGAAUUUCUCUUGCCCAAUGGGCAUCCCGAUUAUCUCCGCCUGAUUCUUACCUCGAGAGUAUACGAAGCGUGCAAAGAGACAUCUCUCACGCAUGCUACGAACCUCUCGAACAGACUCGAAUGCAAUGUCUUACUCAAGAGAGAAGACGAGCAGCCUGUCUUCAGCUUCAAGCUGCGAGGCGCCUACAACAAGAUGGCCCAUCUCGAUCGAAGCCAGAGCUGGAAGGGUGUAGUUGCUUGCAGUGCCGGAAAUCACGCCCAGGGAGUAGCCUACUCUGCUAGAUUACUCAAGAUACCAGCAACUAUCGUUAUGCCCUCAGGAACGCCGAGUAUCAAGCAUAGAAAUGUUUCAAGAUUAGGCGGUGCCGUGGUGCUUCACGGUCAAGACUUCGACGCUGCCAAAGAGGAAUGCGCGAGAUUGGAAAAGCAACACGGCCUGAUCAACAUACCACCUUUCGACGACCCUUAUGUCAUCGCUGGACAGGGAACCAUAGGAGUGGAGCUGCUACGGCAGACAAACAUCCAGAAACUCCAAGCAAUAUUCUGUUGCGUAGGUGGAGGCGGCCUUAUCGCAGGCAUUGGUGUUUACGUUAAACGCAUUGCACCACACGUUAAGAUAAUUGGAGUCGAGGCUGAGGAUGCGAAUGCCAUGGUCCAGUCCUUGCGGGAAGGCAAGCGCGUGGUUCUAAAGGAAGUGGGCUUGUUCGCCGAUGGCGCGGCGGUUAGGACAGUCGGCGAAGAAACCUUUAGGAUAUGUCAAGAAGUGAUCGACGAGAUUGUCGAAGUGAAUACCGACGAGACUUGCGCUGCCAUCAAAGAUGUGUUCGAAGAAUCUCGUUCUAUCGUAGAGCCAGCAGGCGCGCUAGCUCUUGCUGGAUUGAAGAAGUGGGUGUCAGCAAAUCCGUCCAGCAACCCGAAUCGAUCCGUCAUAGCCAUCACAAGCGGUGCGAACAUGAACUUUGACCGGCUGCGCUUCGUGGCCGAGCGCGCUACUCUCGGCGAGGGUAAAGAGGCCUUACUCCAUGUUAGCAUCCCGGAGAGGCCGGGGUCGUUCGCCGAACUGAUCAAACACGUUAUGCCGCAUGCUGUGACAGAGUUCUCCUACCGCUACGCAACUAAUGAGAUUGCCAACAUUUUAGUUGGUAUAUCAUUGACAGGUGGAGCAGCAGGACGAGACCAGGAGCUCCAGGACCUUAUAGACCGAAUUAGCCGUGCGGGCAUGACGGCCACAGACCUGUCAGGUGACGAGCUUGCCAAGUCACAUAUCCGUUACCUUGUGGGGGGCCGGUCAGACGUUGCAGAUGAGAGGUUGUACAUGUUUAACUUCCCCGAACGUCCCGGCGCCCUCGAGAAGUUCUUAAGAACUUUACAAUUGAGAUAUAACAUCAGCCUAUUUCAGUACAGAAACGGCGGCAGUGAUAUAGGUAAAAUAUUGACGGGCAUACAAUGCCCCGAAUCAGAAGUGACCGACUUAGAGAAGUCAUUCAAGAAGAUCGGGUACCCAUGGGAGGAUCGCACACAAAGUUCGAUUUUCAAGACGUUCUUGAGGAGCGAACAAUAGUUAAUUGGGAGCUAUAAGAUGCUACUAGCAAAUCGAGAAUAUGUGGGAUGGGCGAUGAGGGGAUAUAAUUACGAUUUCUUUUAGACCAAGGAAGUCAACCGGCAUACGCAAGUUACGAUACCUAAAGGAAGAUAGAUUUGAAUUUGUCCAUAAUGGAAAGGAGAGCGUUCUAAUCUAAUUCGACGUAAUAAACGUAGUCUGAGGAUUUGUGCCUUUAGAUACAUAUAUGGGAUGCAUACAUAAAU